AUGUCGGCACGUAUUUCACAACAAGAGAGUCAAUACUCCAAGAAUACUGUCCAAAAGACAGAGGCAGAUGGACAAAGGCACGGUCCGGCCAGUGCAAGAGUUGUUCUCUUUGUCCAGAGAUAUGGAGAUGCAAUUAUUGGCGCUUUCUACGUCGCAUUCACAGGACUGGUGUUUGGGUAUGACAUUGGCACUGUUGGUGCCUUUUUCUCUUUGGACCAAUUCCAGGCCAAAUUCGGCGAUUCGACAGACAGCUCCGGUAUCACUAGACGGUUUCAAGAAACGACCCAAGGCCUGUUGGUUGGAGUAUCCUGUUUUGGGGCAGUUUUUGGCGGUCUUUUUCUCAGUCGGCUGGCAGACAUUAUUGGACGACGUCCAACUUUGUCUGUCGCUAUGGGAAGUUAUGCACUUGGCGAUCUCAUCGCGUUGAUCAGUGGGCAUUGGGCUCAGUUGGUGGUUGGGAGAUGCUUCAACGGACUGGCCAUUGGAUGUCUAAGUGUUGUUACGCCAAUGCUUAUUAGCGAAUUUUCACCAGUGGAGAUUCGGGGAGGUCUCGUUUCUGUUCAACAACUUAUGACCACACUUGGAAUAGUGAUAGGUGCCUUCACGGUUCUCAUGUGCAGUAGGUUCCAAUCUUCUCUGCAAUAUCAGGCUAUUCUUAUAGUGGGUACAAUUAUUUCUAUUGGCGUUUCGGGGGUUGUCUUCCUGGCUCCGGAAACCAUGAAUUCUAAUAAUGAAACGGAGGAAACCGAAUUGCAGAACUUAGCGCAAGGUCAGGAAGACGAUGCUGAGAAGGCCAAAAACGAGAACAUCUUUAAUGGACAACCAAAGUCUUUCCAAAGGUUGAUGGUUGGGAUUUCCAUCGCCAGCUUGCAACAACUUACUGGUAUAAACUAUUUCUUCUUUUAUGGCACAUAUUUGUUUCAAAGAGCUGGAGUUGAAAAUCCUUUUCUCACGGCCAUCAUCCUCUCUCUGAUGAAUUUGGUCUUCUCAGUCUUAAGUGUUCUGAUAUGUGAGCGGCUACCCAGAAAACAAUUGCUAAUGCUGGGAUCUGCAGGGAUGAUGAUCUCAAUGUUAUUGUUCUCCACAAUUGGAACUUUUCUGCUUGGUGUAUCCCAGCAAAAAAUCACAGGAUAUCUCAUGAUAUUCUUCACAUGUCUGUUCAUUGCCAUUUUUGCUCUGACUUGGGGUCCAAUAAGUGGUGUCGUCCUGAGCGAAAUGUUCUCCAAAAAAUUCAAAACACAAUCAAUGUCUAUAGCUGGAGCAACCAGUUGGUUUGCCAAUUUUGGCGUCUCUUUUCUGACCCCGGUGAUAACUCGGUAUAUUGGCUUUCUGUAUGGUUUAGUUUUUGUGUUCUUCUUGCUGAUUUCCAUCCCAGUGGUUUAUUUUUGGCUUCCUGAGACAAGAAAUAAAAGCACCGAGGAAAUUGACAGGAUGUACCAAACUAGGUCGAUCUUUUCGUGA